GUUAGUUGAGCUUAGCAGUCCAACCGACUUGGAUAUAGAUAUAGUCGCUCUGCCGUGAGAAAAUCGCGGUUAGUCGGGGAGAAUCGAGGGAUCCGCGAUCUUGGGAGCACUUUUGCAUCGACUAUACACGGAGCGUGAAAUACUAAAUAAAUACAAACUAAAAAAAAAACGACAGACGACACAAUAAAGCAACAAAUUCGUAUACAAUCAAAGUAACGGCGAUUUGUGCAAGUACCGAUCACCAGACAUGCUGUAGCCACGUAAACAGGAUGCUUCUGAAGUGACUCGAAUAUGGACCUUGAUUUCUUGGAACAGCUCUCUCCGCAAGAUCUGGACGGCAUAAAUGGCGAUGGCAUGGACAAUCUGGAUCUGUUGAUGCAAGGAGCCCUCGACGACAGCAUCCAGUUGGGCCACAAUGGUCACCUGUCCGGAGCAGGAGGGGUGCACACCCACAUGGAGUCGCCGCACACACCGCCCAUGAAUGGCCUGGACACCCACUCCCAAUUGGGUGGAUGCGGACGCUUGGGCAGUACGCCGGUGGCGACGCAAGCCCAGAGCCACGUGCAUCCGCAGCUGCCGGAGAGUCCGCCGGACUCGCAGCCCGCCUACAGUCCGCUGGGCGAGGCCCAUGGCAUGGCGAUGUCGGGGCGGGAGCUCAUCUAUCCGGGUCUGCCGCCCAUGCAGCACCAGCCGCACCUGCUCCAAACGGACCUGGCCCAAUACGCCUCCCCGCCGCAGCAGCAGCAGCAGCAACAGCAUCAAUUUGCUGCUCCACAGACGGAUGUGCGGAUCAAGCACGAAUCCGGACUCAUCAUUAAUCCGGGCAACUUGCUGUGCCAGCAGCAGCAGCAGCAGCAGAUGCAUCAGCAGCAACACCAGCAACAGCAACAGCAGCAGCAGCAGCACCAUCAACACCAGAUCAAUGAGCAGCAGUUUGCCAGCCAUCACCAGGAUGGGAUCCUCCAGGAUACGAUGCUCUACUACAACGAUGGAGCGGUGGGUGGUGCGGGCUUGUAUCCGCAUACCGGCAGCUAUCAGAACCUGUCCACCUGCACUCUGACCUCCGCCCUGGGACUGGAUCGCGUCCAGGUGAUCGGCACCAGCCAGUUGUCCCUCAAUCGUGUGUCCGCUCCCUCCACCCCAGUGCAUUCCUUGUCCCGCAAGCGCAAGAUGUCCACGCAGCUGGAUUGUCCCGACUUUGCACCCACCCCCAAAGUGGAUGCGGGUCUGCAGAUGAGUCCCCUGCGCGCCUCCCACCACUCCCUGGCCACGCCCACUCCGGCGCCCUCCCACUGUUCCGCUUCCGUAUCGCCAGCCCUGUCCGCCGUGAAUUCGCAAACGGACAACAGCCUGGACGGACAGCCUGGCGGCGGAGUGGCCAUCGGUUCGGGAUCCGGUUCGGGAUCAGGAUCGGGAUCGGGCAGCGAAGCUGGCGAUCCGGCGGGGGGCCAGUGCAUCCGGUUCAACGGCUUCCAGCCGGAGAACUGGCACAAGCUCUUCGACCAGAGCCUGCAGGAGCUGUCUGUGAUCUACUACCGCGUGGACGCGGACAAGGGCUUCAACUUCAGCGUCUCGGACGACGCGUACGUGUGCCAGAAGAAGAACCACUUCCAGGUUACUUGCCAUGCGCGCCUCCAGGGCGAUGCCAAAUUCGUGAAGACACCGUCCGGCUUCGAGAAAAUCAAAUCCUUCCACUUGCAUUUCUACGGCGUCAAGUUCGAGGCGCCCAACCAGACGAUCCGCGUGGAGCAGAGCCAAUCGGAUCGCUCCAAGAAGGCCUUCUAUCCCGUACCCAUCGAUCUCCAGAAGCACAUAGUGAGCAAGAUCACCGUGGGCCGGCUGCACUUUUCGGAGACGACGAACAACAACAUGCGCAAGAAGGGUCGCCCCAAUCCGGAGCAGCGCUUCUUCCAGCUGGUCGUGGGCCUCCAUGUGCACACCAUUUCCGGCAACUUUCCGGUGGUGAGUCACGGCAGCGAGAAGAUCAUCGUCCGUGCCUCGAACCCGGGUCAAUUCGAGUCCGACGUGGAUCUGUGCUGGCAGCGUGGCCUCACCCCAGAAUCGGUGGUCCACAUGGGUCGCGUGGGCAUCAACAUGGACCGGCCGGACGAGAGUCUGGUGGUCCAUGGCAACCUCAAGGUGUCCGGCCACAUCGUCCAGCCGAGCGACAGUCGCGCCAAGCAGGAGAUCGCCGAGCUGGACACGUCGGUGCAGCUACGCAAUCUGCAGAAGAUCCGGAUAGUGCGCUACCGCUACGAGCCGGAGUUCGCUGUGCACUCGGGUCUCCGGCGGCAGAGCGACACGCGGGAGAUCGAGGACACCGGCGUGAUUGCGCAGGAGGUGCGCGAGGUGAUCCCCGAUGCAGUGCAAGAGGCUGGCAGCGUGGUGCUGCCCAACGGAAGGGUCAUCGAGAACUUCCUGCUGGUCAAUAAGGACCGCAUUCUGAUGGAGAACAUCGGAGCCGUGAAGGAGCUGUGCAAGGUGACGGGAUCGCUGGAGUCGCGCAUCGAGCACCUGGAACGUGCCAACAUUGGCCAAAGCAGUCACCAACUGCGGGCCAAGGACCUGCUGGAGCCGCGCUGCAUCCUGCCGGAGCGAGGAGCCAUUAAGCCCUUCGCCAGUCGGCGGGACGGCUACGAGGUCUGCUCCAGCCGCUCCCUGCAGAUCGUCAUCUUCCUGCUGAUCAUCGUUAUGGCCGCCUGCCUGGCGGCGGUGUCGACGCUGUACUUCGUGGAGCACAACAAGCAGCAGCAGAUGGACUACCAGAUCUUCGGCAACGGUCACUUCCGCCCGGAGGCGGGGCCGACGCACCUGAGCGACGAGGAGCGGCACUACUUCCACACGCUCUUCAAGAACAAGACGAACGGCACGUGGCCCGGUCGGAUGUACGCCACCAGCAGCACGGCCCGUCCGCCCGGAUACCGACCGGCCGAGGAGGAGGCGGCUGACCUGGCGGCGGUGUUGGUCAAGCCGCAGGUGUCCAGUGGCCAGCCGAGUCCGAAGCACGUGCUGAUCACAACGACGGCGCCGCGGUUCAGCAACAAGACCAUCAACAGCAAGAAGGGCAAGUGGCCGCCCACCCAGGAGGUGCUGCGUCAAGCGGCCGGCCAGAAGUUGCACGUGGCCAAGGCUCCUGCUCCUGCUCCUCAUCCUCCGCCGCCGCCUCCUACUCCUAAUCCUUCUGCCGCAGCUGCUGUCGUCAACGAGACACUGGCCUCAACGGAGAAGCCUCCGCAGGCAAUACUCCUGCCGCAGGACUUCGAGAACAACUCCAUCGACAUCGAUGCCCAGCUGAAGCAGUCGUCGCAGCUGAAGCUGGACGAGCACAUCGUGGUGGUGGGCACCAUCGCCAGUCCCGCUUCCGAUGCCUACGACUCCAGUGGCCCCGCAGCCGCUGGCCAUCCCAUUCGCAAGUUCAACCCGGGCACCGUCUACACGCACGUCUACAAGACGGUGUCGCCACCCACAUCCAACCUGGCCCUGACCACCAACAAGGUGAGCACCGAGUCCGGCGUCCAGGGUCCGCUGGCCCAGGCUCUGGACGUUCCACCGCCGGCCAUUCCGUUGCGCAACAGCAGCGACAAUCCGGAUGCCCUGGACCUGCAGAACCUGAGCAACACCAACGAGUCCGUGGACAACCCCAUCACCGGGGUGUACGGCUUCGAGUACCAGGCAGCCGGGCUGCGGGAGUCCAAUGUGGGCAGGCGGUCGGCCAGCCAGCGGAGUCUGGAGUGGAUCCGGCAGCGGAGCUUCAAGACGCCGCUCUUUGGACAGCCGGCUGAGUGCAAUGGGGAUGAGUCGGUCAGCGAUAAUUGUCAGUCCGUUUGCUUCGAGGAACUGCCUCCGAAGCAGCCCGAGCCGGACAAUGUGGAUGCCAAUGUGAAGGAGCAGCAUGUCGAGGACGAUCUGCAGUCGGCUGAGGAGCAGGACCAGGAUCCGGACAUCCAAGAGCCGCAAUCCGCCGCCGUGGUUGGCAAUGAGACCUCGGCCGUACUGGAGGCCAACCAGCCAGGAUUCUUGGGCAAAAGUUCGCACAGCACCGAUGCCCUGGCCAAGAAGUUUCCCCAGGACACCGAAACGGUGCUCGCAGCCAAGGACGAUCCCGUCUACCAGCUGGUACAGGCUGCCUCCGCCUCUGCCUCUGCCUCUGCCCAGGAUCAGGAUCAGGGAUCAGGUGCCAAGGCGGAAGAGACGGUGCUGCCGCCCUUCCAACUGGACUGCUGGAGCGUGGCCAGCUGCGUCCUGGCCGCCCAGUACAACCACACCAUCGACGUGGAGCAGUUCUGUCCCACCUCGGGCAGUUCCCUCAAUGUCAGCUACAUAGUUCCCGUCUCGCGAUACCUGCAGGCCAGUAGUCUGGAGCUCCAUCUGAGCUCCAACAAGCCGCUGCAGUGGUCCAUCUGCAUCGACGAGGAUCAGGCCAAGCCCAGUGCCAACGCCCAGCUGAACGAAGAUGACGAGGCCACGCCCACCAGCGGAGUGAAGAUCCUCAAGCAGCAGGGCAAGAACAAGCUGAGCCUGGCUUUGGAUCUACCCGACCGCGGCUACUUCCUGCGUGACUUUAUGCUCCGCGCCAGCCACGACUUGGAGCAGUUGCAGCAAAAACUUUGCGACGACAGCGCUCACCUGGCGAACCCCAUACUCCAGUACAACUUUAGAAUCGUAAGAGAUUGUGAUUAGUUUACAGCUUAAUUUAUGACACGGAUCGAAUCUGAACUCCAAAAAUCUACGCAUAUGUGUGUGUACUGCAUGUUUGAAUGUUGCGGAUAUGUCCUGGCACCCCCAACACGGAUAACUCGUUUAAAUUAGGAAAAUGAGAAAAUGAUAUAAACUAAAACUGUUGAUCAGCGAGCAGAAGUUAAAACGAAUACAUUUAUACGUAAAAAAAAACAAAUCAUUAAUAAAUGCAAAACAAUUAUCGACCAUUUAAA